ACGCAUCUACUUCCUCCUUUCUUGCGGCAAAAAUGGCGGAAUACGACCUAACCACCAAAAUUGCUCAUUUUUUGGACAGACAUCUCGUCUUUCCUUUGCUUGAAUUCCUUUCUGUCAAAGAGAUCUACAAUGAGAAGGAACUGCUUCAUGGGAAAUUGGAUCUUCUCAGUGAGACCAACAUGGUGGACUUUGCCAUGGAUGUUCACAAAAACCUUUUCCCUGAGAAAGAGAUCCCUGCCACCCUAAGGGAGAAGAGAAUCACUGUGGUUGCUCAGUUGAAACAGUUGCAGGGUGAGACAGAACCCAUUGUGAAGAUGUUUGAGGACCCAGAGACCACGAGGCAGAUGCAGUCAACCCGGGAUGGACAGGCACUCUUCAACUAUCUGGCAGAGAAACACAGCUUCCGUCAGGAGUACCUGGAUACUCUGUACAGAUACGCCAAGUUCCAGUACGAGUGUGGAAACUACUCUGGGGCUGCUGAGUACCUGUACUUCUUCCGUGUUCUGGUCCCGGCCACCGACAGGAACGCCUUGAACUCCCUGUGGGGGAAGCUAGCCUCUGAGAUCCUCAUGCAAAACUGGGAGGCUGCGAUGGAGGACCUCACCCGCCUGAGGGAGACUAUCGAUAACAACUCGGUCAGCUCCCCUCUUCAGUCCCUUCAGCAGAGGACGUGGCUGAUCCACUGGUCACUCUUUGUGUUUUUCAACCACCCCAAAGGCAGAGACAACAUCAUUGAGCUUUUCCUGUAUCAGCCUCAGUACCUCAACGCUAUUCAGACUAUGUGCCCCCACAUCCUGCGUUAUCUGACUACGGCAGUCAUCACAAACAAAGAUGUUCGCAAGCGGAGGCAGGUCCUGAAAGACCUGGUCAAGGUCAUACAGCAGGAGUCCUAUACCUACAAAGAUCCCAUAACAGAGUUUGUGGAGUGCCUGUAUGUGAACUUUGACUUUGACAGCGCUCAGAAGAAGUUGAGGGAGUGCGAGUCGGUGCUUGUAAAUGACUUCUUCCUGGUGGCUUGCCUGGAGGACUUUAUCGAGAACGCCCGCCUGUUCAUCUUCGAGACUUUCUGCAGAAUCCACCAGUGCAUCAGCAUCAGCAUGCUGGCAGACAAGCUGAACAUGACGCCCGAGGAGGCCGAGAGAUGGAUCGUCAACCUUAUCCGCAACGCCCGACUGGAUGCCAAGAUAGACUCUAAACUGGGUCACGUUGUGAUGGGGAACAACGCCGUUUCGCCGUACCAGCAGGUGAUCGAGAAGACCAAGAGCUUGUCUUUCAGGAGCCAGAUGCUGGCCAUGAACAUUGAGAAGAAGAUGGCCCAUGCCAACCGGAACGAGACACCCAACUGGGCAGGUCAGGAGACAGGCUUUUAGGGAGUGGGUGCCAAGAGAGACGGACGUUUUCAUUCCCGUUUCGACAGCGCAUUCCCACACAGCAGCAGCAUCCUGUUUUCUUUCUUUCCUGCUCGUCCCACAAAGAGCAGAUAGGAUUUGUCUUACAUUCGUUUCAAGUCAUCAGUUAUUCAAUAAAAACGAUGUACAAAAACAA